AUGGCUUCCACAGAGUCCAUACUCCAGGGCGUCAACGUCCUGGGAACGGUCAAUGAGUCUCAGCGCAAGAUUCUGACACCGCCUGCCCUGGCCUUUCUCGCCCUGCUUCACCGCUCCUUCAACGAGCGCCGCAAGCAGCUGCUGGAGCGUCGGAAGCUGCGCCAGGCCGAGAUUGACAAGGGCGUUCUUCCAGACUUCCUACCCGAGACCAGACAUAUUCGAGAGAACCUGACCUGGAAGGGAGCCGCGCCAGCGCCGGGCCUGGUUGAUCGCCGGGUCGAGAUCACGGGCCCCACGGACCGGAAGAUGGUCGUCAACGCACUCAACUCAGAUGUGUGGACGUACAUGGCUGACUUUGAGGACUCCAGCGCUCCUACAUGGGACAACAUGGUCAACGGACAAGUGAACCUGUACGACGCUGUUCGCCGGCAGGUCGACUUCAGGCAGGGCAGCAAGGAAUACAAGCUGCGAACUGACAGGACUCUACCGACGCUCAUCGUGCGCCCCCGUGGGUGGCACCUCGAGGAGAAGCAUGUGACCAUCGAUGGGGAGCCCAUCAGUGGAUCACUUUUCGACUUUGGGCUCUACUUUUUCCACAACGCACAUGAGGCUGUCAAGCGCGGCUUCGGUCCGUACUUCUACUUGCCCAAGAUGGAGUCACACCUUGAGGCUCGGCUGUGGAACGAUGCUUUCAACCUGGGCCAAGACUACAUUGGCAUGCCCCGAGGCACGAUCCGUGGCACGGUGCUCAUCGAGACGAUCCUGGCUGCAUUCGAGAUGGACGAGAUCAUCUACGAGCUGCGCGACCACAGCUCCGGUCUCAACUGCGGCCGAUGGGACUACAUUUUCAGCACCAUCAAGAAGUUCCGCCAACACCCCAACUUUGUGCUGCCCGACCGCUCGGCUGUCACAAUGACGGUGCCUUUUAUGGAUGCCUACGUCAAGCUGCUGAUUCAGACCUGCCACAAGCGCGGCGUGCACGCCAUGGGUGGUAUGGCUGCCCAGAUCCCCAUCAAGGACGACAAGGAGGCCAACGACCGCGCCAUGGAGGGUGUUCGGGCCGACAAGCUGCGCGAGGUACGCGCGGGCCACGACGGCACCUGGGUUGCCCACCCUGCCCUGGCGGCCAUCGCAUCAGACAUCUUCAACAAGCACAUGCCAACGCCCAACCAGCUGUUUGUGCGGCGCGAGGAUGUGCAGAUCACAGCCAUGGAUCUUCUCAACAUGAACGUACCGGGCAAGAUCACCGAGGAUGGAAUCAGGAAGAACCUGUACAUUGGUCUCGGUUACAUGGAGGCCUGGAUCCGCGGCGUUGGAUGCGUGCCGAUCAACUAUCUGAUGGAGGACGCCGCGACUGCCGAAGUCUCCCGCAGCCAGUUGUGGCAGUGGGUCAAGCACGGCGUGAGCACCGCAGAGGGCAAAAAGGUUGACAAGUCAUAUGCGCUCCGCCUCUUGCGUGAGGAGGCAGACAAGAUGGCCAAGUCAUUGCCCGCCGGCAACAAGAUGCAGCUGGCCUCCAAGUACUUUGCUACACAGGUUACUGGCGAGGACUAUGCCGACUUUUUGACAACUAAUGAAAAAUGUGGCCGUCGACCUUUGGCCGAGAGCAGGAAUCCCUUCACCUGCGGGUUGACCGGCAAGACGUACAGCAUCUCACAAGUCCGACAGCGGACCGACUUUCUCUCGAGGGCUCUGGGAAAGAGGCUGGGCUGGUCUCCUAACCAGGACUCACCCUGGGACAAAGUGGUUGGGAUAUUCUCAGCCAACACGAUUGAUUAUCAAACCGUCAUCUACGCGGUCCACCGGUUAAACGGCAUCGUGACGCCGGCCAACGCGGUAUAUUCGGUCCCGGAGCUGGCCCACCAGCUCAAGUCGUCGGGGGCCAAGGCCCUCGUGACAUGCGCGCCGCUGCUCGACACGGCGCUGGCCGCCGCCAAGGAGGCCGGCAUAGCCAGGGACAAGGUCUUUGUCAUGUGGAUGCCCGGGCCCGCGGCCCCGAGCUCGGUCGUCUCGGUCGACGACCUCAUCCGAGAGGGCAGCGGCCUCCCGCAGUUGGAGCGGCUCAGGUGGCCAAGAGGGACCGGGGCACGCCAGACCGCCUUCCUCUGCUACUCGAGCGGCACGUCGGGCCUGCCCAAGGCCGUCAUGAUCUCGCACCGCAACGUCAUCGCCAACGUGCUCCAGUACGACACGUUCGACGGGCCCAGCCUCGCCAAGAGGGGCGUCACCACGCAGGCGACGUUGGGGCUCCUGCCGUUUAGCCACAUCUAUGCGCUCGUCGUCAUCAUGCACGCCGGCACGUGGAGGGGCGAUGAGAUUAUCACCCUGCCCAAGUUUGAGCUGGGGACCUUUCUCGCGGCGAUUGAGAAGUUUAAGAUAUCAAUGCUUUAUUUGGUCCCGCCAAUAAUCAUCCAGAUGGUCAAGAACCACGAGAAGCUGAAGCAGUACGACCUGAGCAGCGUGCACAGCGUCUUCUCGGGCGCGGCGCCGCUGGGCGAGGAGACGGUCGCGAGCCUCAACAAGAUCUACCCGGACUGGGUCGUCGUCCAGGGCUACGGCAUGACGGAAACGGCAACGGUGGUGUCGGGCACCAGCGAGGACGACAUCUACACGCGGUCCUCGGGCUCGCUCCUCCCGGGGGUCAAGGCCAAGGUCGUGGAUCCGGACGGCAGCGAGGUCACGCAGCUCGACACGCCCGGCGAGCUCUGGGUCCAGUCCCCGUCCGUCACGCUCGGCUAUCUCAACAACGAGAAGGCGACGCACGAGACCUUUGUGUGGGACGAGGACGGCCGCUGGAUCCGCACGGGCGACGAGGUGCUCUUUACGCUGUCGCCGCGGGGCAAUGAGCACCUAGUCAUCCUGGAUCGGAUAAAGGAGUUGAUCAAGGUCAAGGUACGUCUCGUAGUUUUUCUGAUUGUCGACAGCUGA